AAAAACCCAAACAAACACCAAAUCGGCACAUAGCAUGAAGAAACUAUUGCAGUGCUAAAUCAUUGAUGGAAUAUUAAUAGUCAAUAUAUAUUUUGGAAUCAUAUUUCGUGAAGAACAUCUUGCUUGAUAUAAGUAGGUUUUGGUAUCAUCAUAUAAAAUCUAGCAAGCUAACGCAGUAGGUAUAUGGCUAGCUAGCGCCCGAAUCCCCGUGUGGGCUAACGCGGUAGCCAUUUUGAAGCCGUGUUGUUCCAACGAAGCGAAGGUAUGGUCUGCAUAAGUGCAUCAACUACAUGUGAAAGCAACACUACAAGAGGACGGAAAAUACUUGGAUUAACUGAGCAGCACCUGUCCUUCUGAUACAUUAUCCAUAUGUUCAUACACUUUCUUUGCUUUGGAGAAAGGAAGAUAUUUGCAUUUCAGAGGUUCCCUCUUUUAUGGACACGUUUAUUUUUUGUCUUUCGACAAAGGAGUCCUAGGUGGGUUGUGACACACAGGACACUGAUUGUAAGAGAUUGCUGUUGUACUGUUUAAAAACUGUUGCACUCUCAUCCUUCAACCACACAACUACGGCUAAUUAUACCAGCAAAUAUAAUAGGACAGAUGAAGGCAACAAAUCUAACCAGCCAUUGAGACACCGUUGUCUUUAGCAUGCAUUGAAAAACUGCCUUGUAAUGCAUUGUUCUGCAGUAUCAACAUUUCACUGACCGCGAUUGAAGAUGUCAGAAAUGUAACAGUGGAUUCUACUGCCUUUACUGUCAUGUGACUGUAAUACUAGACACCUUCUUUUUCUUCCUUCAACCCCAGAAAGCCUUUUCACCAGUUUAAUGAGGUGAGCUGUGGUUUUCAGUGACCUCCAUUGGAAUAAAAAGAGGUCUCUGAAUUGAUUUAUUUUCUUCAUGUGUUUGGGUAGAGUCUAAAAUGACGCUGUAAAAGGUGAGCAUCUAGGUCUAAGAGCUGGCACUUAGUGGCAGGAGAAGAGCCAGAACCACCUCCCACCCCUUUCUGAUGUCAUAGUGGAACUGUCCCGUUCACACUGACAGGGAUCGAUGCCCCAGGGCUUCCAAUCUCACCAGAAAACCUGCACAUGCCACUCCCAUUGGACAAUUCAGCUGCCUGUCUACUGAGCCCACCAAUCAGAACCUUCAGUUUCACAUCACGGAUCAAGCAGGUUCCAUGUGUUUCUUCCCCUGACAAAGAAUCCUACCUGCUUCAGUAGAGUGAUCAGGACGAAUUGGGGGGUAACAACACUCCCCCCCCAAAAAUAAAACACAUAACUUCCCCAGCUCAAACCAUGUGUUAAAAUCGUUAGAGAAGUCCAAAGCCAUCAAAUCCCCUCCUGGGUAACUAACCUUGAAUCAACCCCAGGCCUCUGGAUCACCAUUCCAGAUCAUCCCAGAACCCUGUGACCCGUCUCCCAACGCUUCACCCUGGACGACGGGGUCUGCCGCUGGGGAAAGGGGCUGUUCUGUCCUGGAGGAGGAGGAGGAGGGCUCGGCAGUGAGGUGCUGCUCUCCAUCACACACUCUGAGUCAAGCCCACAGAGGAGGGAGAGACCGAGAGAAAGAAGCGAGGACUUCAGAGCCAAAGACUCUGGGAUCCUUGCCAUGAGGUUUGAUGCCUCGAUCCACUGACCGGAGACACUGGACCUAAAUGGCGCAGCAUGACUUUGUCCCUGCCUGGCUUAACUUCUCCACUCCCCAGCCUGCCAAGUCCCCUGCAGCCAGCCUUGAGAAGCAUGGCGACCCCCAUCACCACCGGAACAGCUGUGCUGCCGUGAGCCGCCGCCGACACAACUCCUCCGAUGGCUUCUUUAACAACGGUUCCCUGCACGCCCCCGCAGGUGAUGGGUGGCAGCAGCCCUCUCUCCUCCUGAGGCAUGACUCUGUGGACUCUGGGGUGGCGAAGGGGGGGCAUGGCGGCCUAGCGGGGGGGUCCUGCUGGAAGGAGGCUCAUCCCACCUGGAACGGGGCGCCACAGGACGGGCACCACCACCUGGGGCGCCACCCCAAACGCCCCGGGACUGGAGGAGGGGACAGGCAGGGGGGGCACCGGCAGCGCAACGGCAACUUCCAUCCCCGCAAGAGCGCCCCUGGGACCCUCUACCAGGAAAAGUUCCCCAAUGAGGAACGCAGCAGGGAGGACAAUCUGAAGUUUGUGGAAGAGGACUUUCCCUCCCUUAACCCUGAAACAACUGGAAAGCCCGGGAACCAGACGAGGCCAGUGGCUCCUCACGCUGGAGUAUGGGAGAACCCCCCUAGUGGCAAACAGAUGGUGUCUAAGAUGCUGGUGAUCAAGAAGGUUUCCAAGGAGGACCCAGGAUGCAUUGCAUUCUCUACUGGCUUCGCCAGCUCCGGAGCCCUGCCCAUCAAUGGCAGCAAAGCCCCGUCCACCAUCACUAGCUCCACCCACUCAGUCUAUAAGAACCUGGUGCCCAAGUCUGCUGUGGUGCCCACCAAGCCCCCUCAGUGGAAGCCGAGUGGGAGAGACUCCACCAAGCCUGGCCUCCACCUGUCAGGACGAGACUCUGUCUUCACCAGCCCUGUGUCUACAGCCAAACCCUCCGCCCCCGGCACCCAGCUACACAGCCACAACAACUCCAAAGAGAAUCCUUUUAGUACAACUCCUCCCAUAGACAUCGCCUCGUCGUCACGGCUGAAGCUGAUGCGGCGUGGACCAGACCGGAAGAGUGACUUCCUGCGGACGCUGAAGGACGAGGGCACCGGAGACCUGACCUCCAGCAGCAGCCCUGGGACACCUGGAGAGGGCAAGAUCAGCACCCCAGAGCCCAAAGCCUACAGCCAGGGAGUCUGCAAUGAGAACGGCCUGUCUCACUCCCUCAGCGACUCAGACACUGAUCACUUGUCCAGCUCCCUGGAGGAAGAACACCGGUUACUGAAGGCCAUGGGCUGGCAGGAAUACCCAGAAAACGAUGACCGCUUCCUGCCCCUGACUCAGGAAGAGCUCAGCGAGUUCCAGACUAAAACUGAACAGCUGAAGAGGAAUGGGAUCAUCCCCCUCCACUUCACCCCCUGGAGGUGUGUGGCCGAGGCCCACUUAGAAAAGGACGAGGGCUCCGAGUCUGAAACCAGCAGCAGCAGCCAGACCUCAGAUGACGAUGACAUCAAAACCUGACGAAGUGGCUUUAUGGAACAAACCCAACACACACCCCUCUCGUCUUUGUUUUCAGAACCCGUUUGACUUUUUGUUGUUCUUGCACAAGGGGAAAAAAACAAUUGCAUUCCAGUGGAGGGGGAAGUUCCUGCUUCGCCAUGCAGAUGUAUUUUUCCCUGCACCUCUUCCCCUUGCUUUGUGGAGCUGAGUGUUCAUCAAGAAAAGGGCAAUGAACAUCUGAUUCUACUUUAAACAGAUUAACUCAUUUCAUUGAUGCUGAUGACAUUAAAAUGGUUUCCUGACAUGUUUCAAUAGAAAUCAG